UUAUUGUGGGGUUGGUCUGCGCCGCGCGAAGAUGGCGGCUGGGCAGGGGGGCGGCGGCGGCGGUGGGGGUAACGGCAACAACGGCAACGGAGCGGGGGGGCUGGGGAUCCCCGCUCACCUCACUCUCUCUUUCUCGGCCGGGCCGCACUGGGGCGCGGCCACUCUGCCGCAGCCGCACACGGUGCGCAGCCUGGACCGGGCCCUGGAGGAGGCGGGCAGCUCGGGCAUCCUCUGCCUCAGCGGGAGGAAGCUGCGCGAUUUCCCCGGCAGCGGCUACGACCUCAGCGACACCACGCAAGCAGAUCUUUCAAAGAACAGAUUUACUGAAAUUCCUCCUGAUGUCUGGCUGUUUGCACCACUGGAAACUUUGAAUUUGUAUCACAACUGUAUCAAAUCCAUUCCAGAAUCUAUUAAAAACCUGCAAAUGCUUACGUACCUUAACAUUAGUCGAAAUCUUUUAUCAACGUUGCCAAAAUACCUGUUUGAUCUUCCACUUAAAGUUCUGGUUGUCAGUAAUAAUAAGCUGGUCUCCAUUCCAGAAGAAAUUGGAAAGUUGAGAGAUCUAAUGGAGUUGGAUAUUAGCUGCAAUGAACUUCAGGUUCUUCCCCAGCAGAUAGGAAAAUUGCAGUCCCUUAGAGAAUUAAACAUAAGAAGAAAUAAUCUCCGUAUGUUGCCAGAUGAAUUAGGAGACCUUCCCUUGGUAAAGCUGGAUUUUUCUUGUAAUAAAAUUACAGAAAUUCCAAUUUGUUACAGAAAGUUACGUCACUUACAAGUUAUAGUUUUGGAUAACAAUCCAAUGCAGAUACCACCAGCACAGAUUUGUUUAAAGGGUAAAGUACAUAUAUUUAAAUUCCUCAGCAUUCAGGCGUGCCUCAGAAUAGAUAAAAAACCGGAUUCUUUGGAUCUUCCAUCAUUAGGUAAACGAAUCCCCUCCCAGCCACUCACAGACAGCAUGGAGGACUUCUAUCCCAAUAAAAACCAUGGACCAGACUCUGGCAUUGGAAGUGAUAAUGGAGAUAAAAGGUUGUCCACAACAGAACCGUCUGAUGAUGAUACAAUCAGCCUUCACUCCCAGAUAUCAGAAUCAACAAGGGAACAGACAUUGAGGAAUGACAAUCAUGUAAUGGGAAGUAAACUCGAUCCACAGAAAGACCAGGAGGUGUAUGAUUACAUUGAUCCGAAUGCAGAAGAGGGAGCUGUUCCUGAGCAAGGAGAGGUACAGAUUGGACCGUUGCUGUCUUAUAUCAAGGAACGGGGAAAACAUCCUGAGAAAUCCCAGAAAAUAGAACAAAAUGAGGACUGGGGAGAUGAAAAAAGAUGUCAGAAAGAGCAGCUGCUUGCUGAAGACGAUGAUGAACUCAAAGAAGUGACUGACUUGAGAAAAAUAGCAGCUCAGUUACUACAGCAAGAACAAAAACACAGACGAAGGCCAUUAAGCUAUAGAACUUCAUUCAGUGAAAAACUCUUCCAGAGGACAAGGGCGGCAGGACGUGCAUCAAGGCUUCUUAAUCAUUCUGUUUCAGUAAGCACAAGGAACAGGCCAAAGCAGCCAAUGGAAUCGGAAAAAUGUGUCUCAACAGAUGAAGUGAAUUCCCCGGUGUCUCCAUACAGCUGGCAGCCACUGGAAAACCAGAAGGAUUCAAUGGAUGAGCAGCGUUGGCCAGAAACACAGCCAGUGAUUUGGCAGAAUGAGGAAAGAAGGAGAAGUAAACAAAUUAGAAAAGAGUAUUUCAAGUAUAAGUCUUCCAGAAAGAGUUCAAGUGGAAAUGAAAACGAUGAGCAAGACAGUGAUAAUACUAAUGUGUCCCCACAGUCUCCUGUGUCGUCUGAGGAUUAUGAAAGGACAGAUAGUAACACUCAUGGUCCAUUUGGUCUCAAACCAAGGUCAGCUUUCAGUCGUGCAUCGCGCCAGGACUAUGGUGCAGUGGAUCCUGGAUUUACAAUGAGGAGGAAAAUGGAGCAUUUAAGGGAAGAAAGGGAGCAAAUAAGGCAGCUUCGCAAUAAUCUUGAAUCAAGGUUAAAAGUAAUUUUGCCAGAUGACAUUGGAGCAGCAUUGAUGGAUGGAGUAGUUCUUUGCCACUUAGCCAAUCACAUAAGGCCACGUUCUGUUGCCAGCAUUCACGUACCAUCGCCAGCAGUGCCUAAACUCAGUAUGGCAAAGUGCCGAAGAAAUGUUGAAAACUUCCUUGAUGCUUGUAAAAAACUGGGCGUUCCACAGGAGAGACUUUGCUUGCCUCAUCACAUUCUGGAGGAAAGGGGUCUGGUGAAGGUUGGUCUCACAGUUCAAGCUCUGCUUGAAUUGCCUACAUUGAAAGUAUCUCAGCUUUCCUCCAUGUGACAUGACUUCUUGGAAGCUAGACAACUUAACCAUUCUGUUAAUUUGGAUUGCUCUGAGGCAGUUCAGCUUCCUACAUGGGAACACCCAAGCCAUCAGAAACUAAUAUCUGUCCAGAUGCUGUAGACAGCCUUACUUCGGAGUUGUACGUGAAAACCUUGGAGUCAGCUGACAGUUAAAAGAACAUAAUUAUUCUUUUUUUCUUUUGUAAUUGGAUGCACAAAGAGAUUGUGGUAGCAUCAGGUUCUCUUUCCAGUUAAGUUAAAAGCUGCCAUUUAACAUCUUGCAGUGUUACAGUUAAAUGCUGGAUUUCUUAUCCUAUGUUGAAAAUGUCGUUUGAAUUAUUUUGGAAGUACAAAGCACGCACACGCAUACCCGCGCCCACACCCCCCCCACACUCCAUAAUCUUUCAAGUCAAUAAUUUGAUUUAAAGGUAAGACAGAAAUGUAGCGAUGGUAUGAUGGUAAAAAUGCGAGCAACUGAUCACGUGUAAUUCAUUUUCACUCUCUCAGAAAGCUUAAUAUUUGUGUUCUUUAUUUUUUGCACUCCUGAUUGUAACUUACACACUUCUAACAUUGCCAGUAUUUAGUCUGAGUGUAUGGUGACUACACAAAACAGUAUACAAUGGGAAAAAGACACAUUUUAUUGAGUUUUUUCCAGUCUUCUAGGUUGGUGCCAAAUAUUUUUUUCAUGUACUGUAGAUUGUUUACAUGUGAAGUGCCUGUGUAAUUGAUAACUCUUAAUAGUCUUAAACAUUUUUGAAAUUUCUUUGUUUAAAAUAGAUAAAAUGGAGAUUUUUAAAUAUUUUAAUAGGUUUUUGUAAAAUCAGUAUGUGAAGAUUUAAGUAAUACUUCACAUUUUUGAUGUUGGGUGUUCUAAGUUUGUUGUACAACUUGGUUAUUUUCUUGUCUAAUUAUUAGAAAAUACUGUAAAUACUUUUUAUUUAUGAUAUUUAAUUUGAUAAUACCUACCUAAUCACUUUUGGUUUAAUGUAUUGUUGGACAAAAUAUAGUUGUCUACUUUUCUUCGUUUGGGACAAACAAAUGUACAUGGUGAGUAAGACAUGAGGACUAGUGAUGCAUACAGAAUAAUGUAGGACAUUUUGAUAAAACUGCCAGAAUCUCAGGUUUACGCUGUGACUUUCAGGAUUUUGUGUAAUAUUGCUCCUGAUCUCACAUUACAUUUUUACAACAGGUAUAUCCAUAAUUUAUUUGGGAAAUAUCAGUGUUUAUCUUUUUAGUGUUUACGCGAUUUAUUGUGUAAUUUACACAAGUGUGGCAUAGCACACAAAUCAGUUUGUACAAAUGUCACUGUGCUGAGACAUUAGACUUUUCUGGAUAAAUGUGAAAAAGAAAAAUUUCCACUGUGGUGGUUUUUUGAAACUUCUGAGUUUAUGUAUUUGUUUGCUUCUGCACAAAUUCUCGAUGUUUUGAGAACAUUCUGAAACCAUACACAGUUGAGUUCUUCUCUAAACAAAUUGCAAAUAAUUUCAUGACUUUAGUAAAAAAAAAAUCUGUUUGCAUUAGUUUGUUCUUCAUGAAUAGGCAGCUCAAUUAAAAAAAGAGUUCUGGAUAUGUUUGCCAAGUGUGUAACAAGAUUUGAUUUUGUUCUUUCCAAUUGAUCAAGACCCCAUGUAAUAUAAUUCAUAAAAGAAUGGGGGAGGGGUAUUGUUUAUACCUUCCUUCAUUUACUAUAGUCCUUAAAAUCAACAGCUGAGAGGAAAAAUAACCCUUUUCUGGUAAGAUUUUUUUUUAAAGGUACAUUAUUUUUAAAUCCAUUGAAACAAGCUGAUUCAUGUGUAACAGUUAUAACCUGCUAUUGUUUAUAGUGUUUUCUUAAAAUUCAGCUCAUGGAGAGGCUGGUGUAAAGCUUAAUUUGCAGUCCUAGGUACAAAUCUUAUGCUACAUUAAUAUGUGUUUAAGGAAAUUGGAUUGCUUUGACCUUUGAAAAAUACCAUAUUUCAAAUCUAACUUUUUAAAAUCAUUCACAUAUAAUUUAACAACUUCAAUCCCUAUUUUUCAUUAAAUUCAGUAUCUGAUAAGUCAUGCUAAGACUAAAAUGAAAAAGUAAUGUCAUUCAUUAAGCGGAAUGCUUGGUGUCCGCUACACUUGAGGAACUCAACCAUUCAAAAAGAGUAAUUCGUCGUCUUUCAAUUCCUUGCUGUGGUACUCAAAACAACAAAGGUCUGUUUCAGUGUGUUAGUCAUAGAAUUGCUAACUAGAUUGUCACUUUUGGCUACCUGGCUUAAAUUGAUCUGCACUGCUCUUUCAUUGUCAUAUUUAAAUAUGUUUUCUGAUCUUAAAGUAACCUUUUUCCUACUAAACUAAAUUUACCAAGUUAUAUCGCAGUGCUAGCAUUAAGAAUUCCCUUGAUGAUAGCAUGCCAGAUGCUUACCAGGGUAUUUUUAAAGCUUAUUUCUUAAGUAACUUGAAAACUGGAUGUGAAACUGAUGUACUCAUUUUAAACUGUAUCAUUGAGUUGAAAACUAGUAAUUCUUUUUUUUUUUUUUUAAUACUCUCAAGUUCUUCCCUACACACCUACUAGAAACAGUCUUGCUUUGUUAUUCAUUGGAAAUUAUUAUGGCCACCUUCAUGGGAAGGAUAAUCGUGAUUCCUACAGGACUUCCUUUUUAGCAUUGAAAAGAUUAAUGGCCUUCAAGUAUCCUUACGAGCAAUCUGGGAAAAAGUCCACUGUGCCUGGAUGAGUAUUUUCUCAUCUUUCUUUAGCUGUUUUUACAAAUAACAAUAAUAAUGUAAAGCCUUGCUAAAACUGGCUGUUCCCAUCAUGAUCUUUGUAGGAGCAACUGCAAAAAAAAAUGCUAAAUAUUCUGAAUUUUAAGUUUUAAUUUUAAAGCAGCCUGUGGAAAAUUGUUGCUGUCUUUGCUGUACAAGAAUUUGCCAGCUGUCCCCUUUCUCCCUUUCCAUUUGAUUCCCAGCAUUUUCUUACUUGUUCACAGAUCUAAUGACUUCACGUUGCUCAUUACUGCGUGCCAUAUUCCUCCUUCCUCUUUACUUUUUUUUAAGAAAUUGGUUCAGUGGCAUUGGGGCACUGCUGUGAUUCCAGAAUCCCUGCUGCCAACAUCCAAGUAUGUGUGGGAUAUCCUUUUCCCAUUUUGUUGAGGAUGCAGUGUCAAUACUUGGUACAGCUGACAGGACGGUUAAAAACAGAGGCCUGCCCAAUUCCUGUUGCAGUUGUUCAGCUUUUACUUUGGAGGUGAAGAAAAGGCAACAUUAAAAGCUUUAGGAAACUGCACUGUUUGCCUAGUAAAUUGGAGUUAAUAGGGUGCUUUUGUUAUUUGUGAAUGCUAUACAAAGUUACUGCAAUAACAUGGUCUGAACUGUAAAUUAGUGUGAAUCGGCAUACUGACAGGGCUCCUGCCUUGGUGUGUGUGGGUUUUGGUUGGUUUUUUUUUUUUUUUUUAUGUCAUUGGAAUGUAGUGUGUCAUACAUGAAUGGUCGUUCAUUUAAGCAAUAAUGUCCCAGAUAUUGUGAAAUCUUAAAACAGUGGCAUUAAAAUAGUUGUAAUGUGUGGACUUCCCACACAGUAUCUCAGAAAUACUUCACGUCUGUUAUAUAAUACUGGUAAAGCAGCGCGCUAUCUGGGGCACUGCUGGGGAUGCAGAAAACCAUCUCUACCGAUGUGUCUGGAGGAUUUCCAAAAUACCACCAAGAACUAAAAUGAUCAUAAAAUACAGAGGAGUAAGUUGGAAAUAAUGAGUAACUACAACAUGAAUCAUCGUAAUUUCUGGGUAAAUACCUAGUCUCACUGAAGUCAGUGCAAGUUUUGCUCUUGACUUUGACUUUAUUUCACCUUUUGAUUUAUGGAACAUCUGAGCUGGAAACCAUAGCAAUCUUGGCUUAAACCGGUUUGUCACCAGCAAGGCUUUAGUGUCAGAUCUUUUACUAAAAACAGUGUUCUCUGGUAAGACGAGGGAAGCUGUAAAGUACUACACAGAUUUAUUUUUUUAAUACAAAUUUUCUGAUGUGCCAUAUACAGUAUUAAGACUAGGAAAAAUUAGUUUGAAGCACAGCUUUCAGACUAGGGGGAGGUGUAUCACCUCAAUGAAAUUGCAGGUGGGGAUUAUCAGCAGUUACUGCAGUUAAAAACUUUAUUUCAAAUACCAUUUAGUGGCAGUCUUGUCAGGUUUUGACAUAAAUCUGUAGCCAAAUUCAAACAAAAAAAAAUGAAAAGGCAUCUGUUUUCACAAGAACUUGAGUUUCUGUGUGUCUUCUCAGUAUUGGAGAGAGACAAAGGUCUGGCACUUGUUUCUGCUGAUUCCUUAAGUGCUUGUGUGGAAGGUAGCUGUUGCAUCUAACACAGCUGCAGUCUGCCUGUUUUUCUUGGCAUCGGUCUGUAUUGGCAGAGAUAAAGCACACUUAAUAAUUCAGCUGAUUCCAACUGAAAGCACCUGGUGGGAGUUUUCAGCCCUUUCUGAAGAUAGGAGAUGACUUUGUAUUGGUAAAUCAAAUUUCUCUUUCCUCCCUAAGUCAAGCUAAUGUAUGUGUGUGUUGAAAGAGGUACAUGAUAUUAAACAGUGACUUCUACUUGAAAAACAAAAGCAGAUACAUGAAACUCCACCCCAACACACGCAAAACCGGAAUUAAGACCAAGAAUGGGAAAGGCAAUGUAUAGUUGUCCAAGGAGAGGGUGCUCUGAGUUGAUUUCACGUUGAAUCACUUCACAAUGAAAAGCCUUGAGAUUCAGUAGAGAAAGAAAGAGAUGUUCUGUAGCUAUUUCAUGCUGAGGAAGGUGGAUCAUGAAGUACAGGGAGCUUUCCGUAGAGGUUAAAAUAACAAGAAAUUCGGCAUCUUUGUUUUCCUGAGGACUAUAUGUUUUGGAUAGCUCUUUCCCAGUGCUGCAGAAAGCAUUGCCCAUCCCAGGCCCUGGGCAGGGUGCCCAGGUGGUGCCUUUUGCACCCUCUGGCUUUGUAAUGAGAUUGCCCCGGGGGGUGCAACUUCUAAAGGAAACUUCAUGCUGCUGUGUCCUCCAGCAUAAGCUGCAGCAGUCUUCUAAAUAGAAAGUGCUGACUUUACUAGAGGGUAAUAGUUAAGUAGAUUCACCAGUAAUUAACUUCCACUGGCAAAGAAUGAUGGCAUGAGGCAGAGGAAGGUUUCUCUAGGAACUGCGGAACUUCACUGACGGAAUAUUACACCGUGACACUUAGCAGGUUAUUGUGUUACUUGUCCUUUCACGUGAGUGAAUCAAAACAGUAGUACCGUUUCUUUUUCCAUACACAGCGCACUGUGGCAUAUGCGUAAUUCAUUUACAAAUGGAGGGAAAGGCAAACUAUUUUUUAAUCAAGAAUUGUAUGGCACAGAUAUUUUUGGUAAAAUAAAUAUGAAGGUAAAAAUUACUCUCUUUCUGUGAGAAAAUUUCUGCUGGUCUUGACUACUAAAAUAGAGAACAUAGGUGAUUAACCGAACUGUAGUUUAAACUUGCCGCAGCACAGGAGUAGUUCUGACUCCUGUGUGUCUUAUAUAAUAAAAUGCCCCUUUGCUUUAUUUUUCUUCAAGUAUCUCACAUAGUACAGCUCUGACAACAUGUCUCGAAAUAGUGGUUAUAUGCAAUAUUUGUUCCCUCAUUGAUUUUGACUUUCUAAUUUUUUUAACACGUGAGGCAAAGGGAGGCAAAAUUGCUAUAAGCUACCUGAUUAAUUUCUAGGGAAGAAAUACAAGUUUUUAUAAAACUGACAUAAGCAGACACUCUUGGUUUGAGUGUUUUAUAGCCAAGUACUUUUUCAAAGAAGAUUUUUUUUAAUGUGUUUUUCCAUACACAUUUUAGAAUCCUACUCUUAAACAAAACCAAAAAGUCUUUCCAGGGCUACUUUAGUAUAUUAGCAAAUGUUAAAGGAGAAGAAUAGCUCAAACUGACAGUAAAUUUAAUUGUUUUGGGGAACUUUCCCUUUGGGCAGUGUUAGGUUUAAUGUUGUACACAAUCAUCCUAAGGGUUUUUUCCAACCUAGAAGAUUCUAUGAGCAUGUGAAUUCAGCGAGACUGGAAUUUCCCUCAGUGGUUUUGUAACUGAGCUAUAACGUGAAGUCAGCCACUUAAAUAGAAUUCUCGGCACUGAGGAGCCUGUCACUUCUUUCAAAAUUGUGUGAAAUAAGGCAAACAACUUGUUGAUUCCUUUUUAAUUCCCCUGCGCCCCCCCCCCCCCCCCCCCCCUGUAGUUUUAUGAAGGCAGAUUGUGAAAUAGGAAUAUUUGGAAGUAGUAGGAUUUUUGGUUGCUUCAUUUUUGAGUAUGAGUGAACCAGUGUGAUCUCUCCAGAAUUGCUGUAUCAGUUUAGGGUUAGGUCGUGCCACUCACGGCAUGGGAACGCCCGUUGUUCAGUAUUAAUGUGCUUUCUGGAGCAUGUGCAAGACUGUGCUCUUCACAUGCAAACGUUAAUACGAUUGUGUUUACUGAAUCCAUAUGUUACAUCAAGCGUUGUUGCAACUGUGGGAAUUCCUAACUGCAACUGUUCGUGUCUGUUGCGCUAGUAGGUAACGCAAGGCUUUGAGGGGCAUGCGCAGGCAUUGCAAAAGGGUUUGGUGGAUUACACUGGGAGUAACGUGAAUGUGUUUUACUCUUACGUAAUGCCUAGAACAAGGAAAAUAUGAUUGCUUUAUGGUUAUCAUUCAGUUAUUUUAUUUUGUAACUCGUGAUUAUGAAACUCAGAAAAUGCAAUGUAACUAAACGAUCGGUAUGUAAAUGUGUGCAGGACAUGGCAGAAGUAAUUCUGAGGCACAGCUGGAGAGUGAUAAUUUUAAAAUAGAUGCUUAAAUUGUGUAUAUACUUGCAAGUUCUUUGGUAGUGCAUUACAAUUCAUUUUGCAUUUCAUGUUCUUGUAAAGUGUAUCUUCCACAUUUUUGAAGAUUGUCGUCUUGUAUAAUACGGUAUUAAGUCUUUUUUUCAGGACUUCCAUUAUUGCUGGAGCUUCCAACAUAACAUGUUUCUUUUGAAAAAUGUUCCUACUGUUAUUUUUUUUGUAAAUAGUUUUUUUUGUAUUAAUCUUGCAUGGAUAAAACCCACAUUUCCAAACCCAGUGUACAUACUCUGUGUAUAAAAUACAAACUGUUUAAUAAUUUUCA